ACUCUUUUCUAGCUCAUCUAAGCAUGUCCUGCGGCUUGCAUUCAGUUGACAGACUCCUCUUCUACUGCCCGGCUCAGCAUGUCCCUUGAACCCUCUGCGAGUUUGCAGAUUUUCUCUCCAACGGGCUCUGGGCGCUCGUCGCCUUCACCAAGAGCAACCCGCAACAACACUGAAGAGGCGCUCUUCAAGAAAGACAAAGGUUUCCGACGAUAUGCUGCCGCCGUCGAACGCGCCUUGGCCCUAUGGGAUACCGCCCAGCAGGAAUGGGCGGACUAUAUAUCCUUCUUGGGCCGACUGUUGAAGGCUCUACAAGCGCAUCCUGCCGAAUCACCCAUCAUUCCACAUAGCGACACGGUCACGCUGCGACUAGCGCAGUGCUUGACCCCAACGCUACCUUCAGGAGUACAUCAGAAAGCCCUUGAAGUCUAUGCAUAUAUUUUUUCAAUAAUAGGAAAAGAUGCGCUUUCUCGUGAUCUCAACCUUUACUUCCCCGGACUAGCAUCUGUACUAUCCUUUGCAUCGCUGUCUGUCCGCCCAUUGUUUCUCUCUCUCCUAGAGAGUUACAUUCUGAGACUAGAUGGAGCACCACUCCGACCAGCUCUAAAAGCUAUUAUUCUGUGCCUCCUCCCCGGAUUGGAAGAUGAGACCAGCGAGGAUUUCGAGCGGAUGGUAUCCGCGCUUGACAGGCUCCGUGAUGCUGUCAAAAGUCAUCCAGAAGAAAUUGUCGAUGCCAAAACCGAAAGUGGAUCUUCGCAUUUUUGGCAAUGCUUCUUCCUUGCGACAAUUACGAAUGCAUCUAGACGACAAGGAGCCCUUGCAUAUCUAGUCCGCCGUCUCCCGCAUUUUGGGAAGCCUCAACGCUGUGGUUCCUUUGCAACCGAGAAAUCAAUGCCUACAGAAGCCUUGUCGGCAGAAGCAGAAGCGGCAAUAUCACCAGAACCGGGUUUGCUUAUUCGCAGUUUCGAAGCAGGGUUAUCUGAUUCUCAAUUACUAAUUCAGCGCGGAUUUCUGGAUUUGCUCGUCAGCCAUCUGCCUCUUGAUUCUCCCGUAUUACAACAGCGAAUAAGCAAGGAUGACCUUGAGCGUUUAGUGGCUGCCGCCGCUGGUGUUGUAUCGCGAAGAGAUAUGAGCCUCAACCGAAGGCUAUGGGCAUGGUUCCUAGGCCCAGAGCCUCCGGUGGGUGCAGAGGGAACUGAAUCUGUGGCAUCCCCUACGCAAGACAACAAGAACAUUGGGCCAGACAUAUCAUCGCAUCAUGCCGCAUACUUCUCACAGCAUGGGCUUCCAGCAUUAACAUCAAGUAUCGUGAAGAUGAUCAAUCGGACUAGCACGCUCCCUUCUGAUCGUGCCAAACCUUUCCGGCUUUGCUUGUCUCUCAUGGAUCGUUGGGAGGUAGGUGGUUUGAUCAUCCCAGAGGUCUUCCUACCAGCAUUGCAAAGCAUUCAAUCCUACAGCGAGGUCGCGACAAAGGAGCAAUUAGACGAGGUAAUGAGGAGCGCUAGCAUCUUCUUCGAUGGUGUAGAGAGUGGUCUGAUAUGGGGCAAGUUGAUCGACUUGGUGACUUCUUCGCUGCAGCCGAAAUCGGCGAAUCGCCACGAUGGACCUCGGAAGAUGAAGCUUGCCAAAUUUGUACUUGCUCGCUUUAACUUAAAAGAGGAGGAGAUGCUUCUUCACCAUAUGCCUCUAAUGAUACUGUCCACACUUGCUGCUCUCAAUAGAGUCAUUCAAGGAUCACCUGGGAAUAAGCCAUUGGAAAAAGAAACUUCAGAUCUUGCUUUCGAAAUUACCGACUCCCUCGUUUCGUUUGUGCCAGACCGGGCACUAAGGGAUGAACAUGUCGUUGAUACGGAGAGCAAUGAUGUUGUUACCUCGCAAGACGCACUGCGAAAGCUCAGUUCUUUCUAUAACGAGUCUCAUGGAAAUCUCGACUUCUCCGAUCCCCCCUUCUCAGCAGCAGAGCUCGGGCAGCUGAUCUUGCGCGAAUCAGCCUUUAUGUUCUCAGCAUCCAUUCAAUCAACACAGAUUAAUAGCAUGUCUGAAAUGUCCUCGAGGAUUCUGUCGAAUCUGGUCUUCAAAGUCCAUGACCUAAAGGCUUUAAGCAAGCUUGAUCUACUCUCCUCCUUCCGAUAUGUUCUCUCGCCGAGCCAAUCAAUGGAUGCGAUACCAUUCACCAAUCUCGUUGCUAUUAGUUCGGUUCUCGCAGCGUUACAGACUGCAAGACCGUCGAAUCCAUACAUAAACCCCUCCCAACUUCCGGAUAUUAUGCAUCCUCUCGUUGCCUCGUUUUGGCAUAAUCUCAAUCCCUUCAUCCCAAAGUAUCACGUCGAGGCCGUACGGUGCAUAUUACAACUACAUGCUAUCUCAUCCUCCACUCGCAUGGUAGAAGCCGCGAUCUCUUCGAUCCUUGUCCAGCAAGAAUCAUCGUCUGAGCAUCUAGUACCAACGAAUUACUCUGAUGCAGGUCGGCGCUUCGCAAUUCUCUGGACGCACGUUAUGUACGAGCAAAGCUUACAAACAGAGAAACGAGGCAGUUCAGCGUCAAGGCGUUCCAGUGGACUUGGUGUACCACCAUUACUACCCGGCAGUGGGUUUCAUUCCGUCCUUACUCGGCCAUUAUUCAUCUUGCUUGAUUCGCUUGCGGACGAGGGGACAGAGCUCUCUACUUUCGUAAGAACUUGGUUACAAGACCUACCAACAUUGAAUAAGGUUUUCGAGGUUCUCGCUGUCCACCUACAAUGUCUACGAUGCGUGUCAGCCGAUGACAGCUUGUCUCCAGACAUAGUCUCUCAAUCGAAGGUCUUUCGACAGCAGCUGUCCGAUACAAAAGAGUGCCUUUACUAUCUAAAGCACAUUCUCCACAUCUUGAAACGACCGUCUCCGUACACUUGGUCAAUUCUAUCCGAAGAGUUGGCACCUCAAACGAACGAAGGAGCUCCCACAAAGAUCUUUUUACAGGAGUGGAUCGUCCGCACCUGUUUAAAGUGUCUUUCAAUCCAGACUAGAUCCUCAACUUUUGAGGAACAAUCCCAUCUCCAAGAGCUCUAUCAAACCGCAAUCACCAUCAUCAAUCAGAUCUACCAAAGCCCAUUGGCAGCUUCACUGAAGGGCUUAGAGCUUGAGGUACCUUUGAUGGCGAAGCUGAAAACUUCGAGCCCCUCCUUACAGACUCUUCUUCUCGAUGCAACGCUUUUGGCCUUAAGACUGCGACUCAAAUCAGUAGAGGAGCACCAAGUGGACCAGAAUGCGACGCCUCACAAUACAACUCGAUCACGACUAUCUCUUGUCAUGGACAGAUCGCCUGUAGAAGCCGAACCUCAGCCCGUACCACCCCCCCCUCAACUAGUUGACUGCCUAAAAUUCGGCUUUUCAUCUCCCACAAGUCGCCUCAUUCUCGACGACUGGGUUCACUUUCUCGCCGAGGUCCUCCCGCUAUUUGCCGACACCAUCUUCCAGAGUCUCAUUGCCCUCGUGGAAUGUUUUUGCAAACAGAUUAAUCAGACGUUCGAACAGCUCAGGUCCAUCUUCAGGACGGCAGCAAAUGUUGACGAAGUCUCGCCAGAAUCGACCCUUAUUUCUCUCAUCAAUGGCCUUGAGCGCAUUCUAGCGAAGGCGCACGACCGAUUAAUGGUCCAAGAAACAAAGAGUACAGCAAACAAAUCUCCAGAACAACCUCAAGGUUUCUUCGGUAACAUGGUCUCGGGUGUAUUCUCAUCAGAAGCAACACAAGCUCGAGUUCCAACUGCAAAUAUCAGGCUUACGGUGCUCCUGUGUUUCCAGGAUACGGUUCGAAUAUGUUUCUCGAUUUGGGCUUGGGGUGGUUAUGGCUCCAAAGAUGCACGUCAGGAUCCAAUUUCGGCUGCUUCAUUCGGAUAUACGGCGCUCCGCAUGCGCAACCGAGCUCGGCGUAUGUUGGAAUCGCUUUUCACCGCAGAAGCACUAGAGUGCUUAGAGACGCUAGCGGUUCUCUGGGUUCAUUCAUCGAAAGAUGACAACCAGGCCACGGCCAUUAUGGGUCUGCUUAAUGUUCUGAAUGGGUCUAAGCCUAAGCAUACCAUUCCAGCCAUCUUCAAUGCGGUCUACAGCCGCACCAACCCGAAUGCUCUAGAUCCGAAUCGAAUGUCAACGCUAACAUCAGAUUUAGACGACACUGACCUAGUUGCCUUUCUCGUAGAUUAUACGAAAUCCUUAGAAGAUGACGCGAUGGACGAGAUAUGGGGCGAUUGUACACUUUUCUUACGUGAUGUUCUCGCAAAUCCUCUGCCACAUCGACAAAUUUUGCCGACUCUUUUGGAGUUUACAGCAGUGAUUGGGCAAAAGGUAGACCACACAAACUUCGGGGAGCAAAGAAAGAUGAGGAAGGAGCUAGCAGACAUUUUCACCAGGAUCCUUACCGCUGUGUUUACCACUCGAUCAAUGGGAUUUCUGCAAGAGCCAGCUCAAGUCGCGGCAGCUGAAAAAACGUCCACAUCGACAAACGGUGGUCAGGGGCAGAAGCGUGCGGUUGAUGUCGUCUCCACCCUUGCAUCAAUCGUACCCCACCUGCCCGCCAUUCUUAUUGAGAAUGACCGAGUCACCAACGUCGUCACGAAUAUCUCAACGAGUGUCGUUGGGCCUACUUUUCGCGCAAAAGCAUUUCCAGAGAACGUGUCGAAGCCUAUCCUCGAUCUGCUGUAUCAGCUCGCGCGUGUAGCUCAGGCCAAUAAAUUCUGGAAGAAAGAAAUCUACGAUGCUUUCAACGAUGCUCGGUUCUUCAACACUCCUCUACCAUUACUAAAAGCCUCUUGGUUACCAAUUCUUGCGCAAUGGACUCAUUCAGACAAAGACCGGCUACCUGAACUCCUUUCUCGUCUCUCCGCACCGACAACGGCUGGCAUUAUGUUUGGCGUUGGUGCUGCUUCAGCAAGGCAAGAAGCAGAUCGCAGGACCCAACUAACUUUGCGUCGAAUUGCACUGCUCGUUCUUGCAGCGCCCGAGGACACCUUUACGCCCAACCUUACGCAGGUAAUGGAGAAGAUCGUUGAACUACUCACCGCCACACCUGCCUCAUCUCCAUCGUCUACUACCCGCCCCGACCUAAUCAUCCUCCUCCGCUCCAUUAUUCUCAAAUCAUCCACCGUGCAUCUUGCACCCUUUUGGCCCAUCAUAAACGGCGAGCUCACGUCAGCACUUUCCUCCCUUCUUCCCGAUGCCGAAAAUAAAGAAUCCUACAACAAUUUCGGCAUAAUCCAAGCCUGCAAACUGCUCGACCAACUCGUCGUACUAGAUCCCGAUGACUUCCAACUCAUCGCAUGGUUGUUCAUAACGGAUACCAUCGACGCGGUCUACAAGCCUGCGGAAUGGUAUCCCACCUCCCUCACUGACGAAAUUUCUGAGAUCCUGUCUGCUAGUGAGACACCGACUUCGCGUCCACGUCCCUCAAUCUCUGUGCCAACGCACACACAUACGAGUACAGGUUUUGGGGAAGAUGCGAAGAGAGUGCUAUUCUUGGAUCCGCUGAUAGACGCAUUGGAAAAAGAGGAAGAUGCUCAGGUUACCAAUAUGGCGAGACGGGAGCUGGUGGAUAGGGUAGUGCGACCGUUCUUGGGGCAGUUGGCUAUGGUAAGUUUCGAGAGUACUUAUGGAGGUGGAAGAGCGGAUUGGGAGGGCUGUUGGGAGAGUUGUGUUAGAGAUGCUAGUGGAGUUGAUUAAUGGUGAACUCUAAGGAGUUGAAGGAAAC